AUGUAUUAUGAUCCUCCUAAUGACACUAAGGAAUAUAUUUAUAGAAUUGAAAGAACUAAUAAAGGACUCAAAUCUUAAACAAAAUCUUUGAUUUUCUUAUUACCAGAACAAAAAGCGUAUCUGGCUCUGGAAAAGUUAGUUGAAAAGAGUUACUUAUUAAAUAAAGAUGGCUUUGAAGUUUAUCGAUAAUAAUUACUUGUAUAAAGAUAUUCUCUAUUUUUAGUCGUAGUAAUCCCAAAGUCAAAAGGAUGUUUAAGAAGCCAAUAAGCAAGAUCUUACUCAUAUGAAUUUAAAUGUUGUUCCAGAGUUUCUUUAAGUAAUUGAACCAUAUAUCAAAUAUAGAUAUUGAGAUUGCUUGUUCAACAAUAAGAAAAUAAAAAGUUCAAUCUUUCAUGA